AUGGUCAAAACUACGUACGCCCUUACCCUUUUUGCGGCUGUCAGCUUGGCGGCUCCUGUUGCUCAGUUAAAUGCCCGUGCCGAGAAGCAGGGCUCGGUUGAGCACAAGAACCUCAUUGAGGAUAUCCCAAUCAUUGGACAUAUGCUUGCAGGGAACCAUGAUGUGAAGCGCGAUGAGGCUCAGCCUCAGCACCACAACAUCAUCGACGACCUUCCGAUCAUUGGAAGGAUUCUUGGCAACGCCAAGGAGAACCAGCGCCGAGAUAUCGGGAGAGAUGGCAUUAGUGGUUUGCCAAUCAUUGGAGGGUUGUUCGGAAAGCAUACACACACUGGCGGUGAAAAUGGAAUGAACAAGCGCCGAAGCCACGGUCAGAACUAUGGCCAGAACGCUGGUCAAAAUGAAGGGCAGAACGCUGGUCAGAAUGCUGGUCAAAACGCUGGUCAGAAUGCUGGUCAGAACGCUGGCCAGAAUCAGGGUCAGAAUCACGGCCAGAAUCAUGGCCAGAACAAGGACCAAAACAAUGCCCAAAAUGCCGGCCAGAAUGGCUCCAAAGGGUUGGAGCAUGAUCUUGAGAGCAGUCUCAGCCACAUCCCCAUCAUCGGAGGUCUUUUCGGAAAGGACCAGGGUAAACCCUCUCACCAGCAGAUCGAAACUCCUGCCAAGCACCUUGAUAAUCGUGAGGCAGGCCAUGCCAAGGGUUUGUUUGGUAUCCUGCAGUCUUUGACUAGCAGUGGUCCUGUUACCAAAAGCCACAAGCGUGCCGAGGAGUCCGAACAAAUGGAACCAAUGGACCACCUUGUUGAAGGAGCCGUUGCGUCUGGUAUGGAAGCUGAGUCUUCUGCCAUGCCCAUGCGCCGUGAUGAGUCCGCUGCCCCCAAGGCCAGCGAGGGUCAGCAGGGUAACCAGAAGGGAGCUAAGAGCCAGGAAGGCAAGGAGAGCGAGAGCUCCGGCGGCCUCCUCGGUGAAUUAAUGGGCAAGGAUGGACUCGGCGGUAUCCUUAAGGGCAACGCCAACCACGGAGUUGGCCUUUUCCCAAUGCGCCGUGACGCCAAGGAACUCGAGACCCGACAAGCCCCCCCCAUCCAGGGGUCCACCCUCGCAGCUGUUCUCCUUGAGGGCGGUGCUCUAGGAAAGAUCACCAAUGCGCUUUCUGGAGGUGCUAUGCCCAAACCCGGUUCUAGCUCCCCCACUAACAUGAGCGAUGGUUCUACUUUGGGUCCUCCCAACCCUGCGUCUGGUGCUGGUCCUCACUCUGGCCCUGGCCUUGCUGCCGAGCAGAAAAAGGGCUCUGGUCCUGCUUCUGAGUAA